AUGGCUAAGGGAUCAUCGGUUAAUGAUCAUGCUUUGAAAAUGAUCUGGCACAUUGAAGAAUUGGCUAGGCUUAAUCUUGUUUUGGAUAAGGAGUUAGCUAUGGAUCUGAUCCCCCAAUCUUUGCCCGAUUCCUUCUCUGGUUUUGUCCAAAACUUCCAUAUGCAUAAGAUGGAGAAAACUCUUGCUGAGUUACAUAGCAUACUGGUAGUUUAUGAGAAGGAUAUACACAACACGAGGCCCAAUGUGGUGGCUAUGGCUAAGGCUUCUUCUUCAAAGAGUAAGACUGUUUUGAAGAAAAAGAAAUGGAAGAGGCCUAUGAAACCUAUUGUACAAUCAAAGCCCAAGAUUGAAAAAGGGAAAUGUUAA